UUCAACAAGUUCGACCUAAAUCAUCUGGGAAAAUCUCUAUUUGUAGUGUUGUAACUACUAAGAGCGCAGAACUAUAUAUAUAUGCCGACUAAAUAGACGCGCUAUAGCCAGUAGACAGUCUGUAAUAAAAGUCUGAGGGACCAUCUGCGACAGGGCGACCAGAGACAUCCCACUGCACUGGGAGUCCAGAUCACUAUAGCCAUUGGGCUGGUGGAGACACUUUUCGUCAUGGUCACUCUUACCUGCACACCGGUGUCAGGGUGGUUUUGGUGGACAGCGCAAACACAUGCAACCGCCAAAGGGAAGCCUGUGGACAGUCAGUGUGUGGCCCAUGGUGAGGCCGGGCGGUGUGACUUCUACAAGUGUUUCGAAGAUCGCCUUCCAUGUGGAGAGCAAGGAUACAUGAUCAAAUACGGACAACCCUACUGCGCUCGCUUUGAGCGAGUCUACACAGCAUUCUCUCCCCAGGGUCAAGAUUUUAUCAAUGGCACCAGUCAGUGUCUGACCCGCGGUCUGUUGCACUUGUACCGGACGGACACGGUGGACUGUCACCGGCUGUCGCACGAUGCAUUUGAUCUCAUCUCCUCCUGCUACUCCGCCAACGGCUUCUGUGACGUCGUCAAGGAGAACGCAGCCGUGUUUGCUGAUGUCUUUCAGGCACGCCAUCUCUUCAUGCAUGGCGCCCUCAAAAUAUGGAAGGAAAUCAUGGAGAUCAUCUACCAGUGUAAUCCAGACCAGAUCCAUAAGUUUGCAAGCUUUGCCAUUGGCAUUUCAAAUCGUCUGUGGAAUUCUGGCGAUUCCUCUGGACAUUCCUAAUCUGCAGGGCAUUUGAAGGCUGAUGAUGGAGAAGUGUGACAAUCUGUACAGCAGACCAUUCAGGUGGACUGUUUUGUAAAUCAUUGGGAGACUAAGAACAAAUGCUUCCUGAUUAGCGUCACCUACCAUCCGCCAUAUCUCUGUGCAAGGUUUCACUGAUUAAAAAGCUAGUGCACUCUGGA